UCCAAAUUUGAAAAAUGUCACCUAAAUCGUAAAUAUUUUGAAAAGCUUUAAACACAUUUUGAAAGAAGUGCACUUUUAAUCAAUCGUCAGAAAGAAAAGUGUACAGCGCUGGGCACCUUGUAUUUUAAAAAGGAAAAAAGAAAUGAAAAUGGCGGGGUAAGCAUAUUCAAAUCUCAGAAUCUCUCACACUCACACUCACAAAGAAAGACAAUCAGAGAGUGAGUGUUUGAGAUUGGGAUGAAGAGCAACGUAGGGGAAAGUAUGAGGAAGAAAAUGGAAGAACUUAGAUUGGUUUGUGACACUGAGAUUCCCAUUCAACAUCAUAAAAUUGAUGCUGCCGCUCUCUCCUUCAAGAAAUCCCUAGAUUCAACUAAGGCCAAAACACAACAAACUCUUCAAUUCCAGGAAAAACUUGGGAAGUUAAAAGUUGAGCUGAGGGAAUUGGAAGACAAAUUGGUGAAAGCACUUGCAGCGAAGACCAGAAAAGAGGCAAAGCAGAUAGCAGUAGCAGAUUCAAUAUCUGCUACGAAAGAUAGAGUAGAAGAACUUAGAGGGGUUGUGGAAAGCCAAAGGACCAAGAAAGAUGAAUAUGCAGCCAUAAUAUCUCAACAAACUGAUGAACUCAAAGCAUGUGAAGAAAAGCAUAAUCAGACUGCUGAACAAAGAGAGGAAAUAGAAGAGGCUAUUGCGUGGUACAAUAAGGUGCUUGGUUUACGUAUUGAAUGCGGCCGUGGAGUGAAAUUCAUAUUGACCAACAUUGAUGCCAAUAAUCAGGAUAAGGAGUACUUUUUUACCGUACGUCAUGAGAAUGAUGUAUAUACUUUGAUUGAUUGUGAUCCACAACUAAAUGAUGCAAAAGAGCUGCUCAGAGAGUUAAAUAAGAGCAAUGGACUUUUCAAGUUCGUCAGGACUAUGAGAGAAAAGUUUCAAGCAGCCGUAACACAUGUUAUGUUUCCUAUGCAUCCAGAAAGAUUUCCCGACAGAGCAUCUAGUGAUCAAGUCACUUCCGCGAUCGCAAUGUCAGCCCCGGUUUCUUCCAUCUCAACUGAAAGUAGAAGUGAAUUUUCAUCCCAGCAACAGGAGCAUCAAUUUGAUGAACAUAACAGAAAUUCCAGGAAACUUGACCGAGCCAAAGGUGGUAGGACACCAGAAAGAUUUCCCGACACAGCAUCUCGUGAUCAAGUCACUUCCACGAUUGCUAUGUCAGCCCCGGUUUCUUCCAUCUCAACUGAAAGUAGAAGUGAGUUUUCAUCCCAGCAACAGGAACUUCAAUUUGAUGAACAUAACAGAAAUUCCAGGAAACUUGACCGUGCCAAAGGGGGUAGGGCAGCAGUCUUAUCUCCUGGAUCUGCUUCAUCUCUACGGCGUUCUCCUCGUUUUAAGGAAAUAUCUGGUGUGCAAUAUCUUCGUUUCAACAAUCAUUGCAUAUAUUGAAUGAGGAUUAAAUUUGAGCAAGCACCUCACAAUGCAUUUCUAAUGUGCAAAACUCACUUUUUGGCAGGUCAAAAGAUGACUGAUUGCGCGGUUAACUUUUCAUUUUGAAGUUGCUUAGCCAACAAGUUCUCGAGUCUUGAUAAGCAAAACAUCUAAUUUAUACGCAAAGACUGGGAUCAAUGACUAGUGAAGUCAUAUAGUUACCUGAGCAGAUGCUCAAUGAGUUGCUGUCUUUGCCUAACAUUUCUGGAAGCUGACUUCAUUUCUUAGGUCCAAGCUCUGUUGAUUUUUCUCCAUUAUAUCGUCAUAUGACUUUCGAGUUAGUCAUUUUAUUCUACGUGUAGCUAUUUAUGGUCUUUACUUCUUUUUUCUCUACAAAAGACAGAUCCUUUUUCUUUUUGUACAUUGUAAUGUAUCAUCAAAUGUUUGUAUUGUAGAAUGGAGAUUGCUUAGAUGCUGCAUUAUUUUUGCACUUCUACUUUUAUCUCUUAUUUUUUCGGGCUUGUUUUGGUAUGGAUUUGGAAUAUGGUAUACUUGAUUGAUGUAACCGUAUGUGGAACAGUUUACUGGUAUGCAGCCAACAUUUUUAUUCUGGA